CAUCCCGUACGGUUUGGUUUUGAGAUUUCGCAGUGGCAUUUGUUUAUUUAUUUGAAGCAUAAAGAAUCACUUCUAUCUAAGCUCCAAAGGAGAGAGAGAGUGAGUGAAUGCAUUUAAGUUAUUUCAAGUGACUAGUGCAAUAAUACUUUGUGACUGGUGAUGCGAUUACACUUAGGAGGCGGCAGUGUGGCUAGUGUUGAAGGUGCGUCAGUGAGGCGUUCAUUGAUUACAAACAAUUGAGCGGGUGUUAAUGGCGCAAAGUGCAUGGUGAUACGCACACACACACACGCACGCCCUGGUACAAGUAAAAUGGAGUGAGGGCAAGUGCACGGAAAUGGCGGGCUAAAUUGGUGGUUGCAAUUGAAAAAUUGCUUGAAACGGAAUUUUCUGGUGAUGACAAAUUGCAUGCCAUAAUAAAUUAUUUGAAAAGCACAAUACAUGCAUACUUACCUAUACAUGUGCACGAAAGUAUUUGUUUUUAAGUGAUCGUAAAUUAGGUCGUGUAGCCCCUGAAACUCAAGUGACCUACAGAGGUGCAUAUAAAAAAUAAAAAAAUAAAAAACAAAAACAAUUGUGAAAACAAUUCGUCGUAUAAAUGAUAUAAAAGUUAGUAAAAAAUAUUAAGUUUUUAAUUGCAAACUAUUUAUUGCGUUAGAAAAGGUAAAGAACUUGAAGAAGCAAAAGUUCAUCGCCGAUGAAAAUAAUUAAAGAUCUAAAAUGUAAAAAUAAAUAAAUAUACAAAUUGAAAAUUUGAAAUUUAAAAACUCCAAAAACUGUAAUAAUUUGAUUCUAAAGUAAAACACACGAAAAGAGUAAACUCAAAUUUAAAAAAAAAAUAAAAAUAAAUUUGUGAAAGAGAGGAUUUACAGAUAAUACGAAAAACAGAAAAGAUAAAAAAAAUAAAAUCAAAGGACAAAAAUAAAAAAAACGGAUACAUAUUUAAUUAAAACAAACCACAGAUCUAAACUUGCAAUUGUAUGCUUCAAUAUAAAAAAAAGACAUGAAAAGUGAUCCGUAUGAACAUUAAAAAAUAAUUCUAUUUUAAUAAAAUGCAAGCAGCCAUUAUAUCCUGCAUAAAUAGUGAAUAUCUUGUCGUGCAUUCCAAUUACGUUCGGUUGCUGGUUUUCCCCCUUCUGUGAGCACCAAAUUCUCACAGCCAAAUGUGAACGCCGCAGCGAAUAUGAAUGAAUAUGAAUGUAAAUAUGAGGAAAGAUAUGAAAAAGAAAUUCCCUACGAGGGAUGCCAUUGUGCAGUGCGCAUUGUCGCAUAUGUGAAUUAAUGUGAAACGCAAAUGUAACGGGAAUGUAAAAAAAAAUACAAUUUACUCAAAAAAGAAAGAACUCGUACAGAGUUCGACGUGGAAGUUUUGUAAUUUUCCAACGAGCGUGAACUAAAAACUUGGCAGAGGGUUAAAAUUAUUAGCAGCACGUAAAAAGAUAUUUUUGCUUUCAACAACAAAAACAAAAAAAAAUUAAAAAAAAAUAAAUAAAAAAAUACAAAAAGACGUAUUAACUCCAUUAAAAGACCAGUGAAUUCAUGAGUAUUUACAACACCGAAGAGAGUGCAAACUUAAGUGAACCCAAUACAUGUACAUACACUCCCUUACACACCGACACACAUUUGCAUGCAUUCACUAUCGCACACACUUAAACAACCACCCACACGCUUGCCCAGAUACGUGUGAACGAUUUGCUGUUGCCUUCUAACCUUUUUCCCCGCUCUUUGAUUGCGCGUAUGUGUAUUUGUGCGUGUUCUUGUUACGCCCACAAACACAGAAAUACACACAACAAAAAAACACACAUACAAAUCGACGUUUAAGGGGUGUGAGCAAAAUGUCCGCGACGGCCAAUUCAACAGUCGCAGCACUCGCAGCCGUCGCAGCGACAACAACCACAACAGCAACAGUUACCACCAUCGCUACAGCGGCGGCGGCGGCAGCAGCAGCAGCUGCGACGCACAACAAUCACAGCAGUAACGCCGCCAUUAUAAUGGCGGCGGGUGUAGGCAACAGCGUUGGCGGUGUGAGUGCAAACGCAGCUGGCGGCAUGUCCGAUCAUCUGCCGCUCCAACUGACCACUGCCAAAGUGGAUCUGGAUAUUGAAAUCGAUAUACAACUGCUAACGAAUGGCUACGACGGCACAACGGUAAGUUAUUAUAACUCUUCUCCAUGGCAGUACACACAUACAUACAUGUGCACGUAUUCGCCGCAUUACAGGUAUAUGAAAUCGUCGACCUUUCUUUGUCCAUAUGCAGGUGGCGGGAUAAUUCGUCAUACUUUCCGGGCAAUGAAUAAAACAAUUUUCUUUCUUUUCUUUUGCAAUUUUCAAAGUGGAAUUUAUGCGUGUUCUUGCACUUAUUCUUCUCCACAUUUUCUUCGAUUCGAUGCGCGUAGGUGUGGAAGUCAUAAACGGGUGAAAGGGGAGUUUGGGCAUUUUUAUUAUGAUACCUUCUGUGUCUGUUUCCGGUCGUAAAAUCUCAAUUCAUAAAUUACACGUAGGCAACAAAGCAAAGGAAAAAAGAUACAAAACAAAAAACGAAAGCAUCGAGAAGCACUCCCUACUGCUGCAGAUCAAUUUUUUCGAUGAAAAUGUGAAGUGUAAUAGCUUUUGAAAAUGUAUGGCUCGAUUUGAUACAUUUUGAUUUUUUCAAUGCACAACACAUUUUUUUUUUUAAUCUUUCUAUUUCAGGUAAUUUUACUACCUUUUUAAUAAAACAUUUUUAUAGCCAUAAAUUUACUGUCACCUGGCUUUCUUCGUGUGUGGGUGCAAGUUCUUUUGAGUAAUUGAUACUUCAUAUGCGAAGUCAUAAAUCUACUUGAAGUAGGCGGGGAUUUUUCU